AUGGAGGGCGGCGGGGAGGCGCUGCCCGCGGACCUGCGGGACCUGGCGGGCAAGGUGGGACGGCGCCCGCCCGCCGUGCUGCUGCGGGGGCUACGGGCCGACACCGCCCCCGCGCCGCCAGCGCCGCCUGCGCCGCCCGCGACACCCGCACCGGCCCGCGGUGCCUACCCGCCGCUCGCCGAACGCCUCCGGACGCUCCGCCUCGAGCUGGCUUACCUGCGAGCGGUGGAUGUGAAGAUCCUGCAGCAGCUGGUGGUGGUGAACGAAGGCAUCGAGGCGGUGAAGUGGCUGCUGGAGGAGCGGAGCACCCUGACCAGCCGCUGCAGCAGCCUGGCCAGUAGCCAGUACAGCCUGGUGGAGAGCCAGGAGGCCUCACGGCGGGGCAGCUGGGACAGCCUGCAGGACCCCAACGACAGGCUGGACAGCAUCUCCGUUGGCAGCUACCUGGACACCUUGGCUGAUGACAUGGAUGAGUACUCCCACAACGCUGCUGAAACUGCUGCUGCAUCCACAUCGGGCAGAGCCCUGGCCAGGGCAGAGCAGGAUUGGGUCAGGAUUGACCCCGAGAGGGGGCUUGCAAAGCAAGAGAAGGACAAAGAGGAGCAUGAGUGGCCCCAUGUGGACCUCUCUCCACCUGGGUUGCCCCAGGAUCACCACUUUGCUAAGGAGCCCCAGGUGGCCAAUGGGUAUUUGGGCCAGCAGUCCCCCUCUCUGGAACCAGACAGAGACACCAGAUCACCACCAGGGGCCAGGGAGAGGCUGGGGAAGGGAAAUCCAGAUGGGAAGGCUUGGAAAGCUGAGGCUGACCUUGAGAACUGCAAACUCAACAGCAAACUGCACCUGGAGUACGAUGCCCACUGGCGCUGGCUCCAGUCACAGGAUGAUGUGACAUUCUUAUAGCCCGUGGCUUUGCCUUUCCAGUCCGGCUCUCCCAGCUGCCUACUCUGCUUCACUUGUCUUUGCUUGGGAGAGUUGGGGUGGCUGGAGAGGGGGGCCAGGCUGGCUUGGUGGUGGUGCACUGUUUCUCUGAUGGCCCCCACAGCAUUUGGUGAUGCAGCCAUAAGGGACUGGGUGCCUGCCCUGCAGCACAUUUCUGGGAGAGGAGGGGUGAGGUGGGUCCUGUUAGAUUUAAUCCUUUGCUCUAGGGUGUUGAUUGCAGGUGGCCGGACGCCCCUCUGUUGUCCUUGGUGGUGGUGGGGAAACCUGGAACAGUGGUGUUCCUGAGAUCUCUCCUAAUCAUUAGCUUCCUGUGUACAAAAACUGGGGACCCUUCCCCCAGAAUAACUACCCUGAGAGGACAGGAGACGCUGCCAUGCAUCCAGAGCUUGGUGGCACCAGCAUGCUCAGUGUGGGGCAGGACCAUCAGCAGGGUAUCCCUGUUGGAUCUGCUCAUUUCCAUCAUUGUCUUCAAGGCCAGUGUCCAUCCACGGCAGAGUAGUAGACCUGGCCCCAGCACAUGGUGGAUGCUAAAAAAACCCUUCCUUGUGGUUGAUGCCCUGCCUGGUUUAGAUGCCUCUGUGAAGCCACUCUGAGAUGGGGCUGGGGAGCCUCUGUCCAUACCCUGCAGAGGAAGGAUGGUGGUGCAGACUUCCCGAUGUGAUGACAUGAGAACGACAAAGCACUGGGUGGGAUAUGGAAAUGCAGUUCUCCCAGUUUGUUCCUGGAUUGUCUUCUUUGGGAGCAGUCCUGCAGAAUCCCUGGGAUGUGGCAGUGGACAGGCAGCCUGGCAGAGCCUGCAGGGCUCAGACGCAGAGAGGCUCCUGCUCUCCCCUGGCACGGUGUGAGGUGGUGAAGGCUGGAUUUCUCUGGCUGUGUGAUGAGUGGUGCCAGGUCUGUGUCUCCUACCAGCAACCAGAAACACGAGGCUGCUCGUUGGGGUGGAUUUGCAUUGAUUCUGCCCUGGAGACAUCUCUGUCUUUUUAGCCUUGGCUUCUGCCUGUGCCUUUUGCUGUCCCCACCAUGCCUUCCAGCAUGCCCCUUGCUAGCUUGUAGAGCAUGGCUUGUAGCUGGAGCUGUGUGAGAGCUUGGGCAGAACUUUCUUCCUUCACCAGAUGAUGCAGGAAAGGACCUGAGCAUCCUGAUUCAAGGAGCCAAGCUCUUCCACAUUUGUGAAUAAGCCUGGAGUGUCCUGACUUCAGAACCCAUGGGUACAUCUGUCCCCAGCCAAGUGCUGUGACAGCUUUGCUCUCACCAUCAUGCUGUUGUUCCCUUGUCUGCGUGGGUCACAGCUUGGAUCUGUCUGUGCUGGGAUGAUAGGAGUGGGGACAUUGUCUCGUGAGGUCAGUGGGAAGCUAAGAGAGAGGGAGGUGACUGGCUGUGACUUUCUGGAUAGGAGAUGUGAGCUGGCUGUGGUUAGGAAGGUGGCGGGGUGCACAAUAGGUUUGGCUUGGUGUCUGUGAAGCAGCACCUUCAGUGGAAAUUACCCUCUGUUCUGAGAGCCCUGAGCACCCUCCCUUCCCCUGCAGAUCCUCAGAAGAUGGUACCUGCUGAGGACUUGGUGAAUCCUGGCAAACUGGGAGUGGGUUGCCCUAUGCAACAAGCAUCCUUCUGCCUGCCCUGGAGCAGCUGUGCUUGGCUUGCCUUUGCCUGCGAGUAGCUUGUGGCUUCCUAUGUGGCUGUGCUGCUGACACUGAGCCACCAUGUCCCCAAGGCUGGCUGUCCCCUGCUUUCCUGCUAACCCUGCAUGCAAUGAAUCAGCUGAGGGUCCCUGGGGGAGACAGGGUGAGUCCUUUGGCGCUGUUAAAAUCAUUCUCAACAAAAAAUAGCUGGCUUAAUAAAUGUUUGUGUUUCUCCCAGGC